UGUCAGCGGAGCCGCCGCCCGCGGCCGCCCCCGGCCCCGCCGGCCCGAGCGGGGCAGCGCCGCAGCACGGCCAGCUCCGUCCGUCCCGCUCCGUCCCGCCGGCCCAGCGCUCCAGGGUGGUUGAUGGAGUUAUGAUUCUCCCUGUACUGAUGGUGAUGGCGUUCCCAUCUCCAAGCUGGCAAGACGAUGAAGGGAAGCUGAAGAUGGUCCCCUACGAAUGUGUGUGUGAAGGCAUAUCCUGUGGGAAUGGGGAUCGGUGCCAAGGCCAGCGCUGCUUUGCUUCCCUGAGCAUUAACGACGGGGCUAAGGUUUACCAGAAGGGCUGCUUCCAGGUCUAUGAGCAAAGGAAAAUGACGUGCAAAACUCCUCCAUCCCCCAACCAGGCCGUGGAGUGCUGCCAGGGACACCUGUGCAACAUGAACAUCACUGCACAGCUGCCCUCUUCCAAAGGGCAAACCUUUCAAGGAGAGGCUGCAGGUUACAGCAUGGAGACACUAAUCAUCGUUAUCCUGGCUCCUGUGGUAGUGCUGAUAGUUUUUUCUGCAGUAGCUGUGCUGAUCAUACGGAGAAUACAGAAGAAUCACAUGGAGAGGCUCAAUUCCAGGGAUGCAGAGUAUGGCACAAUCGAGGGUCUCAUAGCCUCCAACGUGGGGGACAGCACGUUGGCAGAUUUGUUGGACCAUUCCUGCACAUCUGGAAGUGGCUCUGGACUUCCUUUCUUGGUGCAGAGAACGGUGGCUCGCCAGAUCACACUUGUGGAGUGUGUAGGAAAGGGCCGUUACGGAGAAGUUUGGAGAGGUCAGUGGCAAGGAGAAAAUGUUGCUGUGAAGAUCUUCUCUUCUAGGGAUGAAAAGUCCUGGUUCAGGGAAACUGAGCUGUACAACACUGUACUGCUGAGGCACGAGAAUAUUUUAGGUUUUAUUGCAUCCGAUAUGACUUCCAGGAACUCGAGCACGCAGCUGUGGCUGAUCACGCACUACCAUGAGAUGGGCUCUCUGUACGACUACCUGCAGCUGACCACGCUGGACACGGUGAGCUGCCUGCGCAUCGUGCUGUCCAUCGCCAGCGGCCUGGCGCACCUGCACAUCGAGAUCUUCGGCACGCAGGGCAAGCCCGCCAUCUCCCACCGCGACCUCAAGAGCAAGAACAUCCUCGUCAAGAAGAAUGGGCAGUGCUGCAUCGCCGACCUGGGCCUCGCAGUGAUGCAUUCCCAAAGCACAAACCAGCUGGACGUGGGGAACAACCCCCGUGUGGGCACCAAGCGCUACAUGGCUCCAGAGGUGCUGGAUGAGACAAUCCAGGCUGACUGCUUCGACUCCUACAAGAGGGUGGACAUCUGGGCCUUUGGGCUGGUCCUCUGGGAGGUGGCCAGGCGCAUGGUUAGCAAUGGUAUUGUGGAGGACUACAAACCACCCUUUUAUGACUUGGUUCCCAACGACCCCAGUUUUGAAGAUAUGAGGAAAGUGGUCUGUGUGGAUCAGCAGAGGCCCAACAUUCCCAACAGAUGGUUCUCAGACCCGACGUUGACAUCCCUUGCCAAGCUGAUGAAGGAAUGCUGGUACCAGAACCCCUCGGCCAGACUGACAGCCCUGCGCAUCAAAAAGACUUUGACCAAAAUUGACAAUUCCUUAGACAAACUGAAAGCUGACUGUUGACCUCUCCUCAUGGUGCUGUCCCGGCAGGAAGGCACUUGGCUGGCCCAGAGGGUCUGGCCAGGCAGUUCCUGCCCCUGGUCCCCAAGGGCUGCUGGAGCAGGAGUUUGGGAGCAGCUGGGGGACCCCGGGCCGUGCAGGACCUCACCUGGGCGAGCGCUGAGGACUCAGCUGGAUGUGCUGUGGCUGAGCUAGUGGCCUGAAGGAAGACAGAGAAAUCCUAAGACAAGAUCAGGGCAUUAAACAAUGGCUUUGAACAGCUUCUUUUUCUUUUCUUUUCUUUUCUUUUCUUUUCUUUUCUUUUCUUUUCUUUUCUUUUCUUUUCUUUUCUUUUCUUUUCUUUUCUUUUCUUUUCUUUUCUUUUCUUUUCUUUUCUUUUCUUUUCUUUUCUUUUCUUUUCUUUUCUUUUCUUUUCUUUUCUUUUCUUUUCUUUUCUUUUCCCCCCCCUUUUCUUUUUUUUUAUUUUUUUAUUUUAAUUCUCCUAAUCACUCCCAAGGUGAACACAUGGAAGUGGUAAAUUUUAAUCAGCAAUAUUGCCUGUGCUUCUCUUCUUUAUUGCACUAGGAAUUCUUUGCAUUCCUUACUUGCACUGUCACUGUUAAUUUUAACGACAUGACUUGCCAAAAAUAUGAUUGGCUGUAUCCUGAAUUGAUCUAUGCCUGAGUAAUAGGAAAAGAAUUCGGUAACCUGAAAAUGUAACUGUCAGACUUUAGCUGCAUUUUACAUGUGUACUGAUGUUUACAAUAAUGCUGAACAUUAGGAAUUUCUUGUUUAUCCAAAACUUGCAAAUUAUUUAUUACUAGUGCACUUGCCAGUUUUUUAAACUGUAAAAUAAGUGCAUAAAGUUAAAGCUUAUUUUUAUGUGGCCUCUUUCAUGAUUUCUUACACAGAUGUUUUUGUAACACGAUGUAACCUGAAACAUGAAUUGUUUUCUGUAUUAUCAUAUUACACCUCGAUAGUCACAUUUUAAGUGCUUCACAUUUGUAGGUGUGUGGUCUUUACCAUAUUUUCAGUUGGAAUAUGGAACGUAUAUAUAGCCAUUUCCCACAGGACCUUGUAUCUGGCAUCUUACUGAUCUGGGAAAGGAAAGCAGUGGAGGAGUUAACUAGAAUAUUAGGUCAUGAAUGCUGUGGGGAAAAUGCAUUUUAUUUCUUCUAAGCUAUAUAAUAUGCAUUUAAACUCUGCCAGAAAAAUAACUAUUUUGUUUUAAUCUACUUUUUCUAUUUAGUAGUUAUUUGUAUAAAUUAAAUAGAAUGUUUUCAA